AUGGGUUUCGGCACGUUUGUUCACCACAUCGGCACGCUGCUGCUGCUCGUCGCGACGGUGCUGCUCAUCGUCGUCGACAUCACGGCGCCCGUCGUCAACAACAUCUCCAUCCUCAAGGUCGACCUCGGGCCCACCGUCGUAGGGACGCAGGUAACCUUUGGAACCUUUGGCUACUGCCACCGAGGUGUCAGGAACACGGACCAAUGCUCCAACGCCAGGAUCGGCUACAACCCGGCGCUCGUCAUGAACUCGAUCGCCGGCACCGACUUCUCUGACGCCUCGGAGAACACGGCCAAGGGCCUCACGCGGGUCAUGGUCCUGCACCCGGUCGCCACCGGCCUGUGCUUCAUCGCCUUCCUGCUCUGCCUUGGCACGGGCAUCUGCGGCUCGCUCAUGGCCACCUUUUUCUCCCUGCUCUCCUUUGUCGUCACCGUCGUCGCCAUGAUCUGCGACUUUGUCGCCUUUUCCAUCAUCAAGCACGAGGUCAACGACGACGACCGCGCGAGGGCCUACUGGGGCCCCGGCAUCUGGCUCAUGCUCGUCUCCGCCAUCCUUACGCUCGCCGCCGCCGUCGUUGUCUUCAUCACCUGCUGCGCCGGUCGUUCCAAAAAGCGCCGCUCCGUCGGGCACUCCAAGGAGGGCUUCGCCGAGCCCGCUCCCCGUCGGCGCUUCUGGCAGCGCGGUGGCCGCUACUAG